AUGACGAUCUUGUAAAUUAUUCUGAAGAUGAAACACCUAUCCAACGGGAUAUGUCUAAAAGGCCACCAGACUGGAUCACUAAAAGAAAGAUAACUCCAGAUGGUGUUCCAAUUUAUUCGUAUGGCCCAAAAAUUGUUCAUCAAUGGUCUCGUGAUAUGAUGCUCUUGUUUUUGGAUUGUAUCGAAGAAAAUUUAGAUGUAUUUUGGAAACAUACAUACAUGUUUUGGACCUGGUUGGCAAAGAACGUAUUCACCAAUAAAACUCCAGAAGCACUUUCUCAAAAAUUUCGUCAACUGAGACCAGACAAUAAACAAAUAAGAAAUUUCAAAAAGAAGCCAGAAAAUGCAAAGUUGAUUGAAAAAAUCGAACGACUUUAUCAACUUUUAAAUGAAAAAAGGACUUGGUCACGAGAUCGUGAUGUGAAUGUGAAUUUUAAAUAUCCACCUGGGUACAACCAAGAAGAAGCAAACUCGGAAAAUAAUAUAACCAAGCCUCUGCCUACAGUUUCGCUCAAAAUUGAUGAAUCUCAUUUAAAAUUAGCAAAGCAUUUGCUUAAAUACAGUCGAUCAGACGAUAAUGCUGAUGAAUUGCGAGUAACUAUUGCUCCCGAAUUAGAAAAAGUAUUGUUUAUGAGACCUAAAAGCUCAAAAACACUUUCAAAAACGGCGGAUGCUUCCAUUACGUUAUAUACUGAUGAAUCAAGACUCGAAUUCAAACCAUUGAUAUAUACACUUAAUGAAGACUUAAAUAAGAAAGAUGAUUUGAUGUCCCAAGAAAUUGGAUUCGUUACUGAUAUGGUGAACAAUUUUAAUGAGCAAAGUACGAAAUAUUUUCGACCUCCAACUCUAGAACUACGAAAUGAAGCUGAUGAUUAUAUGUUCA